AUUACGUUUUGUUCUCCCAGGCUAUUGUACAAGCAGCCCAGUGUCUUGGCGGGUCGUACUGAUGUGGUGGCAGUCACCCCGUGGUUGGCACCCAUCGUCUGGGAAGGAACCUUUGACCCUGACCUCGUCGACACAAUCUACAAGUCCAUGAACAUCACCAUAGCAACCACAGUGUUUGCCGUUGGAAAAUACGUCCGCUUUCUCAGAGAUUUCCUGGAGACAGCAGAGAAGCACUUCCUGGUCGACUUCAACGUGCGCUACUACGUUUUCACAGAUCGUCCUGACGAUGUUCCGUCAGUGAACCUGUCUCAGGGGAGACAUUUGAGUGUGAUCCAGGUGCCAGGUUCAAACCGCUGGCAGGAGAUAUCAGCCCGGAGGAUGGAGAUCAUCCAGACAGCCAUCGAACGUCAGAUCAGCAGGGAGGCCGACUACAUCUUCUGUCUGGACGUGGACAGCAAGUUCCACGCUCGCUGGGGAGCCGAGUCUCUGGGCAGGCUGGUUGCUGUGAUUCACCCAUGGUUCUACCAGGUGACCCGUGACCACUUCACAUACGAACGGCGUCCAGCCUCGACAGCUUACAUCCCCAUGGAUGAGGGAGAUUACUACUAUGCCGGGGCCGUGUUCGGUGGGUUGUUGGAGGAAGUGUACACACUAACAAAGGUAUGUCGGAACCAGCUUGAAGAGGAUGCGAGGAAUUCCAUCGAGGCUGCCUGGCAGGAGGAGAGUCACCUCAACAGGUACCUGCUUUACAACAAGCCCAGCAAGCUGUUGUCUCCAGAGUACCAGUGGGAUGACAAGAAGACCAAAACCAAAGAGGUCAAAGUAAUUCGCUUCUCUUCUGUCGUUAAAAACUAUGCUGAAAUUCGUCCCAAUGUAUAGGACUAGGAAUUGGAUAUUC